ACACCACCAUCGCACGGCGCCGACUAUUACCUGGAUGAGCUUCGAGUCCCGUAUAGUCGACGUGCAGCCUGGUGCGACCAUCCGCUUAUCGUAAAAACAGUUACUGCGAGUUCUGUCUGUGUGUCGAGACGUCUGCCACCACCAUGCCGUCUCUACCAGCCUCCGUCGACCUGGACGAGUGCAUCGCGCGCCUCUAUAAGAAAGAACUGCUCGCCGAGUCCGUGAUAGAGGCAGUAUGUGCCAAGACAAAGGAGCUUCUCAUGCGCGAGAGCAAUGUGGUGCACGUCAAGGCGCCAAUCACCGUUGUCGGCGAUAUCCACGGCCAAUUUUACGACCUCAUUGAGAUAUUCAGAAUCGGCGGCUACUGCCCUGACACAAACUACCUUUUCCUAGGCGACUACGUCGAUCGCGGCAUGUUCAGCGUAGAGACAAUAUCGCUGCUCGUUUGCCUCAAAUUACGAUACCCCGAACGUGUACACCUAAUCCGCGGCAACCACGAAUCGCGCGGCGUCACCCAGUCCUAUGGAUUCUACACCGAAUGCUCACGCAAAUACGGCAAUGCCAAUGUGUGGCAUUAUUUCACAGACAUGUUUGACUUUUUGACGCUGAGCGUCGUCAUCGAUAACCAGAUCUUCUGCGUACACGGAGGUCUCUCCCCUUCAAUUCACUCCAUCGACCAAAUUAAAAUUAUAGACCGAUUUAGAGAAAUCCCCCACGAGGGUCCCAUGGCUGAUCUGGUAUGGUCAGACCCAGAUCCCGACCGAGACGAAUUCUCGCUCUCCCCGCGAGGCGCGGGCUAUACCUUUGGCGCACAGGUCGUCAAGAAGUUCCUGGCAGUCAACAACAUGUCUCAUAUUCUUCGAGCCCACCAGCUCUGCCAGGAAGGAUACCAGGUGCUCUACGACGAUCGUCUGAGUACCGUCUGGAGCGCCCCUAAUUACUGCUACAGAUGCGGCAACAUGGCCAGCGUGUUGGAGGUCAAUACGCAGGGAGAGAGAUUCUUCAAUGUCUUUGCUGCGGCUCCUGAGAAUGACCAGCAUAAAGAUAUGCAGCAGGGGCUCGAGAAAGCCGCGGAUGGAAAUUCGCUACCCGACUACUUCUUAUAACAGAAAGAGAAAGUUGUUGGAUCUUUUACAGCCGUCAUCGCCUUAAUUUAUCAUAAUCAUCAUCAUAAUUGCCGCCAAAUACAUGUACCACCAAUAAAUAUACCAAUUACUGUACCAUGCAACAAGUCAUACAAAGUUUUUGUCAUCGUAUAUAGAAUUGCGUGCUACGCUAGAACAUGAAGGCAGAUGUU